AUGACCGAGCACCCCAUGGACACAACCAAGUCCCAUUUCCAGCAAACCAGCCACACCUAUUCACCAAAAAAACUUGUUGCCGUCGUAACCGUUUUCCCUAUCACUGGCUUCUUCCUCAUUCUAUCGUCUCUCAUUCUCACUGGCACCCUUAUCGGCCUCGCCGUCUCCACUCCGCUUUUCAUCCUUUUCAGCCCGAUACUCGUCCCGGCCUUCUUAACAAUCGGGUUGGCGGUCACAGGGUUUAUAGUUUCUGGAGCUUUUGGAAUCUCGGGGUUGUCUUCUUUGACAUAUAUUAUGAGCUACUUGAAGAGGAUGAGGGCCAAUAGUGGUGGUGGGUGGGUCCAUGAUCAGUUGGAUUAUUCAAAAAGACGGGCUCAAGCUACUGCUGGAUCAUAUGUGGGUCAGAAAGUUACGGAUGUGGGCCACAGGACCCAACAAGCUACUGCUGGCUAG